AUGUUUCAACAACCUUUAAAGAAAAAAAACCCUAAAGGUUUAGAAAAUUUCAAAGGAGAUAUAUUUUUUUAUAAACAAGAUCGUAAUGAUUAUUUUCAUAUAUCUUAUCAAUAUGCUACAAGUUCAUUUCGUAAUAUUAAAGAUAUGAACCCUAAAUACAUAUUGUAUCCGAAAGCAGAUAACGAAGACGAUUUUGAUGAUAUUUAUACAGCAUUAAAUUACGCUAAAGAUAACAAAUCAAAAAUUGCCAUUCGUACGGGUGGACAUCAAUAUACCGGUGCAUCUUCUACUGACCGUAAUAACAUACAAUUAGAUUUGUCUAAUACGUAUAAAAAAUUUGAAUGGAACGAAGAUAAAACUGAAUUAGAAAUAGGAAUUAGUUAUAUUUUGGAUGAUUUUGCAAAAAAAUUGCAAGAUAACGGAUGUUUCUUACCAAUAGGUCAAUGUGAAUAUGUAGGUUUGGGUGGACAUGUACAAACUGGUGGCUAUGGACAACUUGCGAGAGGUUUUGGACUUCUAGCAGAUUAUAUUAUAGCUAUUAGGAUUAUAUCUUAUGAUGAAACUGAAGAAAAAUAUAUAGAAAAAUGGAUUAAAAAAGGUGACGAAUUAUUUCGUGCAGUUAUUGGCGGUAGUCCAGGUAAUUUCGGUGUAAUCACACACGUUAGGCUUAGGGUUGAACAUGAUGAAGAUUAUCCAAAUUCUUACGGAUUGUUUGCAGUUUGCCCAUACCAUCCUAAAACAUUUAAAGAUUUCUUGGAUAUAAUGUUAACAACAGUCGAUGAAGAUGAUUUUGAUUAUUGUGUUUCAAUCAUAUCUGACACAGGUAUUAAAGACGAGGAAGCAGAUAAUGAUGAUCCAUCUUAUGAUGAAACAUACAAUCAACAAAGUUAUACUAAUCGUGGUAAUAAAAAUGUUAUUUGGCCAGCUUUAAUCAUCAUACAUGCUUAUCAAUAUAGUGGGUACGACGAAAAAUCUUCUCCAAUUAAUAAGAUAAAAGCUGUUACAAAAGAAUUGAAUAUUUUAAAUGACGGUUAUACUAAAAUUUCACUGUUAGUUAGAGAUUGGAUUACGCUUAUCAGAAGAGAAUUUCAAUUGCAGUAUAUAAAGCGUGGAUAUUUUUCCGAUUGGGAAGCAGAAAAAUUAAUUGAGACUAAUUGGUCUGAUUGGGCUACAAAUCGUGUUAAUUUAGCAAUAUGUCAAGAUUUAAAAGUUUCAGCACAAUACAAAUAUUUUGGUGGUAAAAAUUCCGCAUUUUAUAAGAAAGGCAUAGAACACCAAAAUGACAUAUCUAUCAGUUGGCGAACUAUGAAUUUUGGAGUUUCCUUUGAUGUAUUUUUCGAAAAGGAGAAUUUUCAGUUAGCAAGUGAAUUUCAAAGAGAAAAUGAUAAAUGCAUUUCAGUAACUAAUCCUAUAUUCUGUGAUAAGGACAUGCGUUUAUUAUGGGCUACUUAUGACUUAAAUCUCGACUAUUUUCACGAUCGUUAUUAUGACAGUGAAGAUAAAUAUACAGAACUAUGUGAAUUAAGAGAUAAAUAUGAUCCAGAUAAAAUUUUUAUUCCUAAUAAUUUUUGUGUUGGUGUAAAAAGGGAACCGUCAGAAGAAGUAUUAAAUGAUAUAUUAGAAAAGAAUAAAAAUAAAUUCCUUGAUAUGUUAAAUCCUCCCGAAAAUUCAGAUAUAGAUUACUCUCCAAUUUGGGAUACUUGGGGUCGCAAACGUACCAAUAAAUAG